AUGACUAAGACCGACUGUGCGGAUGACGAUGGGAACAACUGCACAGGCCACGAGCGUCCUUUUUCUUACAGCAUCAUCUGUCAGGCGACGGACAAGUCCGCCAAACCAGUGCCAGCUCCACUACAGCCAGUGCCCUUGCCGGCGAAACUUUGGCAAAAGCUCGCAAUAGAUAUCGUAGGACCGUUCCAGUCAGCCCCGUACAGCGCAAGAUUUGCAAUUACCUUAAUGGAUUAUUACACUCGCUGGCAGGAGGUUGGGUUUUCGUCAAGGAUAACUACAAAAGUGGUAAUCGACUUCUUGAACCGUGCUUUCAGUAGGGAGGGAUUGCCCGACGAAUUAGUGUCGGAUCAUGGGCCGCAGUUCACUUCAGCUCUCUUCGCUAAAUAUCUUGAAGAACGAGGCAUCAAACACAGGUUCUCGUCCGUAUACUCUCCACAGGCAAAUGAACUCAUUGAACGUUUUAACAGAGUGCCUAAAGAUUAUGUGCAAUUGGCGCUCUUGCAGCAAAAACCGAUACCACAGACCGUUGUGGAGUACCUUGGUUUAAGCCAUAUCCAAGGCAGCAGACUCCAGUUCAAUGCCGCAGAAUCUCAUGUUCGAAAAACAGUGCAUGAACGACAGAUGAAGAUGAAACGGUAUACGGAUUUGCGUCGCAAAGCUAAGGUAUCAACAUUCAGGCCAGGACACCUUGUAAGGAUCAGGAUGGAAGCAAAAAGCAAAGGAAUGCCAUCUUACUCCAAACCGUUACGAAUGAAGAAGCAAUGUGGGAAGAAUUCCUUUUUGUUACAAGACAAUCGCAUUUGGAAUGCGUCAAAACUGGUUCUCGUAACUCCAAACGAGCACCAUCAAGACGAUGAACGUCUCAGCGACAGUCGCAGCGUGGAGUGGCCGCCGGUUGGGAGUUUCGGGUCGACAAUCUCCGCAGGAGCUACAGGACCUGCGCCGGAGGCAGCAUCAGCACAGGAGCAGCUGGAUGAAGAUGGGUUAGCAUCGAAUUUACCGGCUCCGAUGGAACAAGAGCCAACAAGCGGUGAAGCCACCAGGAUUGGGACUCCGAACGAGGCUAUAUACAUGCAGGACCUCUUCAAGAUGGAGCCUCAUCUAACCAAGAGCAUGCUCCGGAAGGCGACGCACCAGUUCAGGGCGUACCGCUCCGGCACUCAACUCGUAAGAAAGGACUACCAGGAGCUCUGA